AUGGGACAGGAUGCUUUCAUGGAGCCCCUUAGCUGCACAGUUUGGGUCAUUCAGUGCAAAAUAUACCUCCUUCUCAUAGGUACUUGUUCGGGGUUGAAAGUGACAGUGCCUUCACAUACCGUCCAUGGUAUCAGAGGUCAGGCCCUCUACCUCCCUGUGCACUAUGACUUCCACACUCCAGCAUCAGACAUCCAGAUCAUAUGGCUGUUUGAGAGACCUCACACCAUGCCCAAAUACCUACUGGGCUCUGUGAAUAAGUCAGUGGUUCCCGACUUGGAAUUCCAACACAAGUUCACCAUGACACCACCCAAUGCAUCCCUGCUCAUCAACCCACUGCAGUUCACUGAUGAGGGCAGUUACAUCGUCAAGGUCAACAUCCACAGAAAUGGAACUCUAUCCUCAAGUCAGAAGAUACAAGUUACUGUUGAUGAUCCUGUCACAAAGCCGAUGGUGCAGACACAUCCUUCCUCUGGGGUUGUGGAGUACGUGGGGAAUAUGACCCUGACAUGCCAGGUGGACGGGGGCACCAGGCUGCUUUACCAGUGGCUAAAAAAUGGGAGGCCUGUUCAUUCCACUUCCACCUACUCAUUUUCUCCCCAAAACAACACCCUUCAUAUUGCUCCCGUGACCAAGGAAGAUGUCGGGAAUUACAGUUGCCUGGUGAAGAACGCUGUUAGUGAACGAGAAAGUGACAUUCUUGUGCCUACCAUAUAUUAUGGACCUUAUGGACUUCAAGUUAACUCUGAUAAAGGCCUAAAAGUAGGAGAAGUGUUCACCGUUGACCUUGGAGAGGCCAUCCUAUUUGAUUGUUCUGCUGAUUCUUAUCCUCCCAACACUUAUUCCUGGAUCCAGAGGACUGACAAUACAACAUAUAUCAUUAAGCAUGGGCCUCUCUUGGAAGUUGCAUCUGAGAAAGUAGCUCAGAAGACAACUGACUAUGUAUGCUGUGCUUACAAUAACAUAACUGGAAGGAGGGAUGAAACUCAUUUCACAGUCAUCAUCACUUCUGUGGGACUGGAGAAGCUUGAGCAGAAAGGGAAAUCUCUGUCCCCUUUAGCAAGUAUCACUGGAAUAUCUCUAUUUUUGAUUAUAUCCAUGAGUAUUCUCUUUCUGUGGAAAAAAUAUCAACCCUACAAAGCUAUAAAACAGAAGCUAGAAGGCAGGCCAGAAACAGAAUACAGGAAAACUCACACAUUUUCAGGCCAUGAAGAUGCUCUGGAUGACUUUGGAAUAUACGAAUUUGUUGCUUUUCCAGAUGCUUCUGGUGUUCCUAGGAUGCCAAGUAGGUCCAUUCCAACCUCCAAUGCUACAUCAAGGCAAGAUUUGCAUGGUACGAUUUAUGAAGUGAUUCAGCACAUCCCUGUCCAACAGCCAGACGAUCCAGAGUGAAUUUUCUUGACAAAGAGUACAUUGAAGUGAAACAAUAAAGUAAUAUUUUGAGGAGAAAUACCUGUGAUCAGUGAAGAAACCAAGCCCAAUACCCCUUACUCAUUACUUCUUUUAAAUGCAGAAGAGCAGCAUUUAUAAACCAUGUAUACCACACACACACACACACACACACACACACACACACACACACACACAGAGGAUGUGGUUAUGCUACAAAGGGAAGUAGUCUUCAGUGCACAUUAUUUGUCAUGAUGCCUGGGAAGAAGGAAUUAAGGCUCUUUCUAUAUUGUAUUUCUCUAAAAAGCCCAUUCUAAUAGGCAUAUGCAUUCUAAUGCAUUCUAAUGCAUAUUUUCCCUUCCAUCAGUAUUGAUGCUAUUCUAGCUCACUUGUAAACAUGGAAACCACAUAUGUAAAGCUUUUUUCAGUAGUUUUUUUAAAACAAUUAAGUUCUCAUUACUGUUAAGAUAGCUGUAGUUUUCUUUUAAUUCCCAAAUUCAUUUCUUGUUAUUUGUGCCACAAAAUAACAAGGAUGGUUUUCCCAGCAAGAACACUGUGCCUUCUCUCUCAUCGUCAAUCAACUUGAUUGUCAAGGGUGUUUUUGAAAAGACUUGCAAAAUGUUUAAGAAAAUAUCUUACUAAAAUUGUUUUUAUUUUUGU